AACCUUGACUCCCAGCUUCGCCAGAUGACAGAUGACUUGUGUAAGGUUAUUGAACAUUUGAACAACAACAACUCCUCCUCACAAGCUUCUGACCCAGUUACAACAAUUGCCAGAGUGCUGUCAGCACAUAUGGACACCUUAAAAUGGGUUGACCAAAACUCUGCAUUACUUUCCCAAAAGGUGGAUGAUCUCUCUAGAGCAGCAGACUCCAAAAGGAGAGACUGAGAUGUAUAUGAAAUAAUCAUUAAGGUAUGAUGUAGUUAAUGUUCAAUUUUGAUGAAAUAAGCAAUGGCUUUUGUUUUGUGUUUUUUCUGUUGUAAGGGGCACUAAGUGAAGUUUUUAUUUAUCAAUGAAUAUUAUUAUUUUCUUAAAUACAUUUUUCAUUUAUUAAAACACCAGUUUAGCUUGAGGUAAUUCAAGCAAAGUGCUUUUAUAAUUUCAUAUAAUUUCCAUUGUUUCCUUUUUUUUCAUAUUAAUUUGACAACAUAUUACUGUACCAGUUUUGUAUUUAAAUGCAAGGUGCAUAAUGUUUUGAAUAUUAAAGAUGUUGAAAUGCU